AUAUCAAACUGGAGCUCUGGCACCUUUGGUACGGUGGCUUUCACAAGGAAUGCAGAGGGCAGCUGCACCUCCCCAGCCACCUAGGCCAGCCGUCAGGGCAGAUAAUGUACCAGCUGCUGGAAGGCUAGGGAAUGAGAAUGUUGCAGCUGGAGAGGGACAACUUGGAGGCGAGAAUGAGAAUCAACAAGGUAACGAUGUAAACAGGGUAGGUGAGAACGAGCCUGCAGCGGAACCUGGUGCUGCUGAUGGUGGCAAUCGCUGGUGGGGUAUUGCGAAGGAGAUUCAACUGAUUGUCUUUGGGUUCAUCACUUCCCUUCUUCCAGGUUUUCACAACAUUGAUUAGACUGUACAGAUCAAAUAGCAAACAGAGGGAUAAAGAGAACUUUCCUUGUUUCCAAAAUUUACAAUGGCCAGUUACUACUGCUCCAUGUGUUUGAGAGGACUUCAAAUGUAUUACGUAGUAGAUUUUUUCUCUUCAUUUUGGUCAUAAAUCUGAAUGUCAUUCUUGCUUUUAAUUUGAUUGGCAAGGCUUUGUGUUUAAAUUAAUGGAAAUGGUUGUUUAGUUCCCGUUU